UGGUUGCAAAAGCUUUUGGAAAUCCCUGUUACACUUUUGAGUUUUUACAGAAAAUGUGUUUAAACUGAAAAUCUUGAAAAUGUAUGGUAACAAGAAAUUUUGAACCCAAGUAGACAAGCAACAAAAAUAUAGGCCUAGCUUUCAGUAUGAGAAGUAUUAUGAGGUCUCUCUUAUCUAACUCAAGAGAGAACUUGAAAGAUAAUGUACACAAGAUUGUCUCCAUUCUGAAAGACUUCACGGAUAAGAGAUUAAUAGUCCAAGGGACCAUUUUUCAUGGGCAUUUGAUAAAAAAAGGCAUUUCAUCUCAGAAACAUAUUGCCGUUAAGUUACUUAUUAUGUACCUUAAAUCCGGAAAACCAAAUGACAUUAAUCAGAUGCUUAAGGAGUUUGAUGGGUUUAACUUAGUUGUGCAUAAUUGUCUAAUUACUGCAAAUCUUGAGUGGGGAAAGCUGCAUGAAGCUCGUCAAUUGUUUGAUGAAAUGCCUGAAAGAAAUGACGUUUCUUGGACUGCUAUUAUUUCGGGGUUGUUGAGGUUUGGAAGAGUUGAAGAAGCGAUUUCGUACUUUGAGAGGAACCCAAUUCAAAGUUUGUUUUCGUGGACAGCAGUUGUCAGUGGGCUAGUUCAAAAUGGGCUAAGUUUUAAAGCAAUGAAGCUAUUUGUAGAGAUGCAUCAAUCUGGAGUAUUACCCAAUAAUGUCACUUUUACUUCUGUUAUUAGAGCUUGUGGAGAGUUGGGUGAUUUUAAUUUGGGAAUGUGUGUAUUGGGUUUGAUUGUUAAAGUUGGAUUUGAACAUGACUUGUCAGUUUCGAAUUCUUUGAUCACGUUUAACUUGAGAUUAAACGAUACUGUUUCAGCUAGGACAAUUUUUGAUAGGAUGCAGAGUAGGGAUGUCGUUUCUUGGACAGCGAUACUAGAUAUGUAUGUUCAGAUGGGAGAAUUGGCAGAAGCUCGUCGUGUCUUCGAUGAGAUGCCAGAAAGAAAUGAAGUUUCUUGGAGUACGAUGAUCUCGAGGUAUAGUCAGAGUGGUGACGCAGAAGAGGCAGUGAAUCUUUUCAUUCGCAUGGUCCAACAAGGGUUUAAACCAAAUAAGUCAUGUUUUGCUAGCUUAAUAAGUGCAUUGGCCAGCCUGGAAGAUUCCGUAAUGGGACGGGUUGUUCAUGGACAUAUAUUAAAAACCGGGAUGGAAAAAGAUGCUUUUAUUGGUAGCUCACUUGUUGACCUGUACUGCAAAUGUGGAAGCACUAAGGAUGGACGUGUAGCAUUCGACUCAAUCUUGGAAAAGAAUGUUGUUUGUUGGAAUUCCAUGGUCAGUGGCUAUAGUCUCAAUAACCAGCUCGAAGAAGCUAAGGAGCUAUUUGGAAAGAUACCCCAAAAAGAUAACGUCUCAUGGAAUUCGCUAAUAACAGGUUAUUUGGAGUAUGAAAAUUUUGAUGAGGUUUUUGAAGUUUUUAGUGACAUGCUUUUGUCUGGAGAACGACGAAGUAAAUUUACUUUCUCUAGUGUUUUAUGUGCUUGUGCUAACUUAGCUUCACAGGAAAGGGGGAAGAACUUGCAUGGUAAGGCUAUUAAACUUGGUUUUCAUUCUGACAUUUUUGUUGACACUGCCCUUGUGGAUAUGUAUGCCAAAUCCGGUGAUAUUGAAAACGCUAAGAAAAUCUUCAAAAGGAUGCUCAAACGUAACGAGAUUUCCUGGACAGCUAUGAUUCAAGGGCUUGCAGAAAACGGCUUUGGAGAGGAAGCACUUGCUGUAUUUGAAGAAUUUGAACGGACCAAGUCCAUUGCACCUAACGAGCUGCUUAUGUUAGCCGUUUUAUUUGCUUGUUCCCACUGUGGCCUAGUAGAUAAAGGACUCUAUUACUUCAAUUCAAUGGAAAAGGUCUAUAAUAUACAGCCGAAUGAUAGGCACUAUACAUGUGUAGUGGACAUGCUGUCUCGUUCAGGACGUCUUUCUGAAGCAGAAAAGUUCAUCUUGGAUAUGCCCUGUGAACCAGAAGUUCAAGCAUGGGCAGCUCUAUUAAGUGGUUGCAAAACAUACAAAAAUGAGAGAAUGGCAGAAAGGGUGGCGGAAAAGAUAUCAGAGCUGGCCGAAAAGCAUCCCGAAGGAUAUGUGUUGCUAUCAAAUGUUUAUGCUUCAGCUGGCAGAUGGUUGGAUGUCUUACACACGAGAAAACAGAUGAAGGAAAGAGGAUUGAAUAAAAGCGGGGGAUGUAGUUGGAUAGAAGUGCGGAACCAACCCCAUUUCUUUUAUUCCCAGUAUGGUUCUCACAAUAAGUCCAAUGAGAUUUAUUUUGUUUUGGAAGUAAUGAGGUCAGAAAUGCUGCUUACAUAGACUGCUUCAUGUUUUGAAGGACAACUAAUUGAAGCCAGAUGCAGAUAGGUGGUCAGUUUUGGGAAAAUUGAAGGUCAAAGAGCUUUAGAAAACGUCUGUGGAGUAAAAAAAAGGUGAAUGGAUCCGACUGAAUUGAAUUGGGUCCAUGAAUCUAUGAAAUGGUGAGAAUCCUUGAUCACCUCAAUUCGAAAAUCCAGGAUUUGAAUUGAUGUCCUCCUAAAUUGAGCGUAUAAUGAGCCCGUGGAUUAAAAGUGGGAAUCAUAGCUGCAGAAACGCUUUGCCUGAAGUUGUAAAGUGGAAAUGACAUACAAAGUAGGGAAAGCUCUCUCUUCAUUAAUUUCAAUCCCUUCACAUAGUGGUUGAAGGUUUUUAUUACUGCCAACAAAAAACAAGGCUGGUAAGUAGGAAAGAAAGAGUUUCCCUCAGGGUUUAGCUCAAUUGGCAAAGGUUGGGACUUGUGGUUGGUCACAGGUUACAGUUGAAUGAAGAAGGCGGGCCAAUCAUCGCCAAGUUUCAAAGGCUCUAGUUGGCCCAGAGGGGUCUGCUCCGGAGGGAUUUCUCAGUCAUCAAAGAGUUGGAAAGAAGAGUCAGCAAUAGAAACAAAAAGGAAAGAGCGACUCAUCCCAAAUAGUUGCAAACGUUCUCUAAGUGUAGUUUUUGACCCUUUUCCCAGGGGCAAAGCGUCUUCAGAUCAAUGUUCAUUGAUUAUUCCAUUAUUAUAUAUUUCCUAAAAGAUGAUAUUUGACACAGGAACAGCGAUUACUUGUAAAUGCCUAUAGGAAGUGGCAAAUUUUGGAUAUUCGCCUGUUGAAGGUCUCUAGAGAAGACAGUGCUGGUAUA